AUUUGAGACUCUAACGUCAGUCUUUGGAAAAGCUCUGGUGCUGCUGCUCAAUGUGCAGCUCGGGUCCUCUCACAUUUUAUCAUGCUACUUCACCAACUGGGCACAGUACAGGCCCCCCCCCACCAUCUACAUGCCCCAUGACAUCGACCCCUGCUUGUGUACCCAUCUGCUCUAUGCGUUUGCCACCAUGAAGAACAACAAGCUUGCGACAUAUGAGUGGAAUGAUGUGUAUCUCUACAGCGAGUUCAGCAAACUUAAGAACCAAAAUGGAAAUCUGAAGACCCUGCUGUCUGUUGGAGGAUGGAACUUUGGCUCUGCAGGAUUCUCUGCCAUGGUGGCUAGUCCUACCAACCGUCAGACAUUCAUCAGCUCAGUUGUUGUGUUCUUGAGGAAGUAUGAGUUUGAUGGUCUGGACAUUGACUGGGAGUAUCCCGCCAACAGAGGGAGCCCUCCUCAGGACCAACAGCUCUACUCUGUUCUUGUGCAGGAAAUGAGGGCUGCCUUUGAGAAAGAGGCCAAGGAGAGUAACAGAGCUCGUCUCCUGUUGUCUGCUGCCCUUUCUGCUGGACGUGACACCAUUGAGUCAGCCUAUCAGAUUCCUCAGGUUGGCGAAGCCCUGGAUAUGCUCAACAUCAUGACCUAUGACUUCCAUGGCUCUUGGGACCCAAUGACCGGAGAGUGCAGCCCACUGUACAAGAGCCCUGAGGACCAGGGUGGUUUUGUGGACUUCAAUGUGGCAAAUGCCAUGAACUACUGGAAAACCAAUGGCGCUCCUGCUGAGAAACUGCUGGUUGGAUUCCCCACCUACGGAAACACUUUCACCCUCAAAGAUCCCUCCAAUCACGGCAUUGGAGCUCCAAUCGCUGGAGCUGGAACUCCUGGGAAGUACACUCAAGAAGCUGGAGAGCUGGCUUACUUUGAGAUUUGUGGCUUCUUGGAAGGAGCAACUCAGGUUUGGAAUACAGCACAGGAUGUGCCUUAUGCCUACAAAGGAAACCAAUGGGUUGGCUAUGACAAUAUCAAGAGUUUUGGAAUCAAGGUCGACUGGUUGAAGAAGAUGAACUAUGGAGGAGCCAUGGUCUGGACCAUUGACAUGGAUGACUACAUGGGCACUUUCUGUAACCAGGGCAAAUACCCUCUGAUCAAUGUUCUGCACAAAGCCUUCGGUCUUGAUAAACAAGCUUGCACCCCUUCUGCCACUGUUGAGCCACCCAUCCCUGGAGUAACUGCAGCUGGUGGAGGUGGAGGUGGUGGCAGUUCAAGCAGUGGAGGCUCUAGCAGUGGAGGCUCUAGCAGUGGCGGUUCUAGCAGUGGAGGCUCUAGCAGUGGCGGUUCAAGCAGUGGAGGCUCCAGCCACAGCCCUUCAGGCGGCGGUGGCUCCUCCAGCGGUGGCAGUUCCAGUGGCAACAGUGGCAUGAAUAGUGGGUUCUGUGCAGGCAAAACCAAUGGGUUCUAUCCCAAUCCCAAGAACAGGAGCCAGUUUUACCAGUGUACUGCAGGCAGAACCUACUUCCAGCACUGUACUUCUGGCCUGGUGUUUGACACCAGCUGCUCUUGCUGCAACUGGGCUUAACUCUAAAACAGAUCUACAAUAUUACACUAGAUUAGACUAGACAAAAUUAUUGGGAUUAUUAAUUUCUGAUCAUUUGGAAAGAUGCUGAGUUGUAGUAAUAAAAGACCAUUUAUGUAUUUCAGCCCAUAUCUACACGUGGAUAAACCUAAUUACCGUGUAAUAUGACAUACACCUCAACAAUUGGCCUACAUUUCUCCUUGAAAUGCAGUCUAUGAAAUGGCAGACCACUCUAUCCAUUUGAAAAUAAAAGCAAAAUAAACUCA